AGUUCCGGAGAAACUCAAUUAUUACAACUAUAAAAGAGCUAGGACCUCCAAUGUGUAUACGUACCUAUAUACUUUGGAUUUCUAACUUCAUUUUAGCUGAAAGCUAUAUACAUACCAACAUGGCAGCCUCUCGUGCCCCAAAUCAUACUGAAGCUGAGAAAGCAAUUGGAGAACUAGUCCUAAGAUUACAGACAAACCUUUCAAAGUACACACAAAGCCCCAGUAUUAGAGUGAAUGAGAUUGUUAAGGCUGGCUCUAUGGGACAUGGGACGGCUGUGCCUGAACACUUCGACAUUGACCUGGUGCUCUACUCUAGCGAUGUGAACAGAGAUACAGUGAACAGAAACGGAUACAAAAGCUACUUAGAGAAAAUAAGGGCUUUCAUAACAGAUGGCAGAGUCUUCAGGGCAGGAAUCGUCACUAACAUCAAUCUGACUAGAUACGCUGUUCAGUUUCAAUAUGAGGGCUACAUCGAUGUGGACCUCCUAGUCAGCCCUGUCUGGUGGGGGGGACAACCCAAACAUCCACGAGAGCUCUUUGAAUUCCUACGAGAUAGGGUGCCUAACGAUGCUGAAGCCAGGCAUAAGUUCAGUGUGAAUGCAUCCAAGUGGCAAGUUGCUUUCAUGAAGGAGCAAGAUUCAUCUGUGAAGCAGCUAAUCAUACGAGCUAAAGCAUGGAGGAACCAGCUAUGGCAAAAGAGCAAGGGAGGCCGAGGUCGACCAAGUUCCUACUUGCUCACUCUGCUGGUACUUCACGCAUACAAGACUUCCUCUGGUACUGCCAAAAGCACAACACAAAAACUGAAGGAAAUUGUCCGCAACCACAGGACAAUGAACAUUUACUGGGAGAACUACUACAACGCUAGAGACUACCCCACCCUCUUUCCUUCGUCCACUCCACGCCUGGUCGACCCGGCCAAUCCAGCUAACAAUGUCUACCAGUCUGGCAUUGGGCCGUACCCACCCAAGAAAAGGCCAUGUGACUACGAGCGUGGGGAUGGGGACUGGAGCCAGUUUGUGGACAAAGUGAAACACUUUGACCUUGAGAAGAGUGUGGAGGAGAUCACACGUUAAGACCGUUCAAGAGAGCUGACUAACUUUAGUACUUACAUACACAGGACUAUAGUAGCACAUUGUUAACUUAUAGAGUUUCCAUGCAUGCAUGUGUGACCAAAAAUAACAAAAAGUA